AUAUAAUAUUUUAUACUAUAUGACUGGCAGAACCGGCCAUAGAAUGUAGAGAACGUAUUAACAUCUCAAAGUAAAAUUGGAUCAAAUUUAAUUUUCAUAAUUUAUAAACUUGGAAACCAAAAUAAAUGUUUUAAUAUAAUUUGUCAAAUGAUACUCAAGUGAUAGGAAACUCAAGACCAUUAUUAUUAUUUUUUGUCUAACUACUCAAGACCAUUCUAUUGAAUAUUGAUAUAUAGAGACUAAAAACCAAUAACACUCAUAGUAUGUUAACUAGUAUACUUAUCAAAAACCAAAAAAGUGUAUAAACUACUAAUACAUUUUAAGCUACUUAUACACUAAAACCAACUAAAUCGACCGAAAUAAUAAAUCGACCCAAACAUUUUUUUUUGUUGAACCAAAUAUAAUUACGUACAUCUGAUUAGGAAAAUUGUAAAGAAAUUGAAGACCAAUUGAAAAAUAAACGAAAACCAGAUUGUUAACCCUAGUAGUAUAUGUAUCAUCAUCUAAGAGAUCACCACUUGCAUGAACACACGUUUGCAUGGACAAAAAAUGGCGGAAUCAUCGCUUCUCAUGUUUUCAGCCAGGGACCUUCUCGCGACUCCGAGCCACGAACGCUUAGCGUACUUCGUCGAGCAACUCUACAAGCCUCAUGAAACCUACGAGUACCAAGGCGCGCAAGCUCUCUACAAGUUCUGCGUCGCCAACUUCUCAAACUGCUUAACCCUAAUGCUCCUCAAGGUGUAUCUACAUUCUCCCGACGACCUCAUCAGGUUCCGAGCGAUCAGUCUCCUCUCCGAAGCCCUCACCGGUCUAAGAAACCGCAGCUUCGAGCUCUCUCCCGUGGCACUCGAUGUUAUAAAGCCUCUUCUUGUUUCUUGCCUGACGAUGCCGGAAGCCAAGAAGCCUGACACCAAGAUGCUAAGAAUAAUCGUUUCUUGCGUAGCAAGAAAUGCUAUGAAGCUUGAUCCUCACGGGUGGGACGAGCUUGGAGAUUGUAUGCUCACGCUUGUGAACACAGAUCCUGUUAGGGCUUUCAAUGUCUUUCUUGAUCUGCCGCAACUCAGUGUUGGAUUCAUCAACCGGUUCUUUAAACACCUCAUUGAAGAAAUCGAGGAUGUACUGUUGCUUAGUGAUGAGCAAGAUAGAGACGAAGAGUACUGGAGUCUAGCUCUUGAAACUGCUGUUAAGCUAGGGAUUCAGCUUUCUAAUUCAGAAAAGGGUUUGGAUGUGGCAAGGGUGAUUCUUGACACUGUUCUCAAGUCAGCUAAUCUGCUUGUGAGGAAGGGUGAAGAACAGUUUCUUCAACGAGGGCUUGCCCAUCUCGUGAAGUUCCUUGCGCUAGACGCUAACACGUGUAGAUACAGUAGGAACCAAUGCGGGUUUUUGUCAGAGUUUUCGUUCAAGAUCUCGAGAAUCGGAACACACACCAAAGAAGCUGCGAUGAAGAUCAAUCUAAUGGUCACGAAGCUUGAGAAUCACGUCUCUGACCAAGCCUUCAAACUCAGCCCCUCUCAAGGGUUUGAUCAUGACUUGUACAACAAGUUAAAGACCAUAUCUGCUGUGGAGAUCUUGAGAAUGGUUGCAUCAACUACGAUGAACGACAUGUCUAGGGAGAUAGCAGUGGGACGACUCUACGAUAUGCUUUGUGACCACACUUCAAAGAGAGCAGAGAUUGAUGUUUCGGAGAUGAUACAGCUCAAGAAACCGCUUAUGUAUUGCCUCACUGAAGUAGGAGUUACCGAGAACACGUUCAAGAUUCUCGGCAAGGUGGUGUUUCACGUUGUACAUGAGUUACUGCAGUACCAAGAGGAUAGAUGGUUCGAGCUAUGGGACUAUAUAGCAUCAGAGUGCAGUACACAGUUCGAGAGAACCGUUUACAUCUUCCAGUGCUUGACGAUGAUGCCUGAUGAUAAUGAGUAUGUGAUUCAUGCCGUUGGUAAUCUACUCCCGGAGAUAAGGACAAGGUUGAACCCACCAGGAGAGUUGUUGGUAGAUAAUAGCUCCUGGGUGUUGGCGUUUGUGGGUGGGUUCUGUGCUGCUAUUCACUUGUUAGAGCUCUACACUAAAUCAGUUGCGGAGACUGUAGAUAAGAUGGUUGAUUCAGUGAGAGAGCUUGUGGAAAGAGGAAUGGAAGUUGGGCUUGUGAGGAGAGCUUUCAGAGAUCUUGAAAGCGUUGUGAAGAAACAGGUGGAGUGGUAUGAUGGUAAUGAGUAUAAAUUCAUCAAGGCUUUGCUUUGGAAGCUCUAUGAGAUCAAAGGCCUGAAAAUGGAGAGUAGGAUGGUGCUGUGGAGAAUCAAUGUGGUUCUUGAGAGGGGAACGCCCAAUGUGGAUAAAGAGCUUCCAGAGAGUCUACAUAGCAACCUCAUUGAAUGACAUGAAAGAACUUUCUCAACAUCU